AAGUUCCGUUGCCGGCGCGCCACGUGGCUUUGUGCGGGACUGGUGGAGGUCUUGGGCUGGCCGAGGGCUGACCAGUCCCACCUCCUUUCCCUGCCGUAAGGAAGCCACCCCUGUUAAUAAUGGAUCCCGCUUGCUUUCUCCCGUCCCACCAGUUCAAUGGUAGCCCGUUGGGCUCGGAUUUGUAUAAAACGUCUCCUACAUUCGCUUCAUCUAAAACCGGGCGGACGGAGCAGCCUAAAGCGGUUGAACCGACCCGCAUCAUCACGGAUCCGGUUACGGGCCGGGCUUACAGCAAAGGCCGUCUGCUUGGCAAGGGAGGAUUUGCAAGAUGUUAUGAAAUGAGAGACCUCUCCAGCAGCCAGACCUAUGCAGUAAAAGUCAUUCCUCAUAGCCGAGUGGCUAAGCCUCACCAACGUGAAAAGAUCAUCAAUGAAAUUGAGCUACACAGAGACCUGCAUCACAAACACAUUGUGAAGUUCUCUCAUCAUUUUGAAGAUUCAGAGAACAUCUACAUCUUUCUCGAGCACUGCAGCCGAAAAUCUUUGGCUCAUAUCUGGAAAUCCCGACACACUCUUCUGGAGCCAGAGGUUCGAUAUUACCUCAAACAAAUCAUUUCUGCCUUGAAGUACCUUCAUCUUAAGGGCAUUCUGCACAGGGACCUCAAAUUAGGUAACUUUUUCAUCAGUGAAAACAUGGAAUUGAAGGUUGGCGAUUUCGGUUUGGCUGCCCGACAAGAACCUGCAGACCAGAGGAAAAAAACUAUCUGUGGUACUCCCAACUAUCUUGCUCCAGAAGUGCUGCUCCGACAAGGACAUGGGCCGGAGUCAGAUGUCUGGUCUCUAGGCUGUGUCAUGUACACUUUGCUAUGUGGAAACCCCCCUUUUGAGACAUCUGAUCUCAAGGAGACCUACAAAUGCAUCAAGCAUGUGACCUAUACACUUCCAGUGUUCCUUUCCAUUCCAGCCAAGAACCUGCUUAUGGGCAUCUUGAAACGCAACCCACAGGAGCGUUUAACAUUGGAGGAAAUCUUGGAUCAUGAGUUCUUCACCAAAGGGUACACACCUGAUAAACUCCCACCCAGCAGCUGUGUGAUGGUGCCAGAACUGAAUCCCCCCAACCCUGCCAAGAGCCUGUUUGUAAAGGUCACAAAGACUCUCUUUGGAAAAAGGAAAUCCAAAGUUAAGAAGUCUCCCUCAGAAGAAAGAGAUGAAAUUUCCAAGUUGGUAACAGGCCUUGUGAAGACCUCUAUCUGUAGACAGAUGAGUCACAAAACUGUGGAAGGGAAUGAGGUCACCCCUUUGAGUGGCCAGAGUCCUAGCUCUAGCCCAGCAGUGACUGUAGCAGAAGAAGGCUCACGGAAGUCAAUCUCCAGGUCCAUUCGUGGGACAAUGGCUAGCACCUCUGAAGUAUUUGAAGAUUGUGUCACAGCAUCAGCCGUCAUUGAGUCUGCUAUUGCGCUCUUGAAGAACUGUCUGUCCAUCAUGCCUCCAGCUGAGAGGAAUCCUGCUUCUUUGGCUUGCCACGAGCACUUUGUUUGGGUAAGCAAAUGGGUGGACUAUUCCAACAAGUACGGCUUCGGCUAUCAGCUCUCCAACCGCAGCAUUGGUGUUCUCUUCAAUGAUGGAACUCAUAUGACUCUCUCUGCCAACUGGAAAAAAGUACAUUAUAAUCUGACCAACAGUAAGCAUUUCUCCUUCCCGGCUUCUGCAGUCCCUGAACAGCUGCAGGGACAGAUGAGUGUUCUGCAGUACUUUGCCUCCUACAUGGAGCAACAUCUUAUGAAGGGAGGAGACUUGCCCAGCAUAGACGAGGUUGGGCAGUUGCCACUGCUGCUCCUACAGUGGGUGAAGACUGAUCAGGCCUUGCUGAUGCUCUUCAGCAAUGGAACCUUCCAGGUGAACUUCUACAAUGAUCAUACCAAGGUGAUCUUCAGCAAACCUGACCACUCUUGCCUUCUCACCUACAUAAACCGUGACAGGAAUUCCUAUACCUACAAGCUCAGCAGUAUUGCAGAACUUGGCUGCUCACCAGAGCUUCAGCAUCGGCUCAAGUACAUCCUCAAACUGCUGCUUGAGCGUGCAGAUGCCUAAAGCUGCAGGAUGGGACUCUUUGUCUCCUUUGUCCUUCCAAGAACGAUGCUAAUGUCAUAAGAGAUACAACUGCAGAGACCAUCAGAAUCCUCCCACAGUGGAUGCCUGAUCUUCAGGAAAGACAAGACUCCAAACAAAAACUGCACAGAUGUAGCUCUGAGUACCUUAUCCCAGGACCCAUCAACGUCUGGAUGCUUAUCUCCAAACUGACUUUUUAAUUAAGGGAUUUGCACUUGGUUUGACAUGACUGCUCCAGUCCAUAGAGAGAAGGUGCAGGGAUGGAAGUUAAAUGUCUUAAGUUUACUCCUGUGUGACUGCACAGCUGGUUAUACACAGUGGAGAAGAUGGGGUCUUGGGUGUGGGGAGAGCUAUUGCUGCAUCCAUAGUAUGGAAACAAUUGAGGGUAGGCUGAGGAAUGAGGAGAAAUGUCCUUUGAGAAGACAGUUGCUGGACUGUUUUUCCAGUGCUUAUAUACCUGGUAAGGUCUGGGCAUCCCAGCACCUGAUGGGUUUGAGGGGCUUCUCAGCUGCCCUUCUGUGAGCAUGGAAUUAAGGUGGCUUCCAUUCAUGAACUGGUUCAGGCAUUUGUAACACUACCACUGUCUGCCCGUGGACUCUCUUGUGCUGCUUGCUUGGCUCUGAUUCAUGGACCAACUAAAGCUGUGAGUGGACAGUGUCUGGGGCUAGUCGGGCAAGGAGGGAUGCGUGUCCCAACACAGUGGCACUGUCGCGAGUGGCCUUCCGCAGAGUUAGACGGGAACCACGAAAAGGGCUUCUCUGCUUGGCGUAUGACUGUUGCAGCUAAGAUGCUGGUGGCAGAGGGGAACUGAGGGGAACUGUGGGGAACUGUAUCUGGCUGCUUUGCCAGAUGGCUGUUUUCUGGAAUUGGCAGGGAUGAACUGCUGCCAGUCUUAAUUUGGGAUGAAGAGUUAGGGGGAUGAGAGCUGAAUCUUCAGCCUUAAAUCCGAGCCAAUUCAGGUUUCCAGUGCUGCUGCUCAGUACUUGAUGCUGUGAAGCUGCGUGUUGCAUAACAAACUCCUACACUAAUUAGGCAAAUAGGGCUUUUUUGUUUGCUGAGACUGUGAAUUGCCCUAUUUUUGCCUCAGUUUCUCAGCUGCUGUCUCAGACUCAAGAUGCAGCAGAGGGAUUUUGUGUAUUACUGUGGUACAGACUUGAACAGCUUAAACAAAAGCUGCCUGUUUGGUAUUUGAACUUGACAGACUGUUGUCCAGUUGUGGAGCUUAAAUGGUAUAAACUUCCACUGACACCUAUUUAUGUAUUUAUAUGAAUUAUUUAUUUUGCACCUGUGUUCUGUCAAUCAUGCAGCACCAUGUCUCCAAACU